AUGUCUUCAAACACCGGAAACUUCAAGUACGCGGACAUCGACAUUGAAGCUGGAAUCCAGAAUUUCAAGCCACUUCGCAUCAAAGUCGACGAAAAGCACAUCUAUUGCGUUGCCAGCGAUGACCAGACUCGUCGCAUCAAGAUCGCUGGCGAGAAUACAGAGAAGUUGAAGGAUGAUGCUAGGCUCUACAAGGCCGAGCGCAAACUCAUUGAGCGUAUCCUCGUCAAGCAAGCUGCCGACAAGUAUGGCCAGCAAAUCAUACCCGUCAACAACGCCAGGUUCCUGGUUCGACCUCAUUCUACGACAACGCAAACACCACAUCAGUCUGACCAGUCCUAUCCACUCCGCAAUACCACAGACAACGCUCCAGGCAAGAGACUCAUCGACCCUGCCAACGUUGGUCAAGAUCAAAAUGAAGUCCCAAAGUCAGAUAUCAAGUUCAGUGCCAUUGUCAUCACCUGGAACGGCCGAGGAAGUCCUCCGGAACAGCUCGGUCAUUUCACUGCCGCUGCGAAAUCCGAAUCGAUCAAGCUUUCGAAGCCACUUCAGGAUCACUUAUUUGAGCGUGUCUGGAAUCAUGGCAGAGACAGUACAACGCAGCUGCGUUUUCACUGGACGAAAGUGGUGCUCUUCAAGCGCAACGACGAUCUGGAUGCACCGCAAGUAUUGCAAAACCUGUGGAACGUACUGCGUGAGAAGACCAACACUUCGGAAUUUACACUGCACCAUGUUCCGUGCAAAGUCUACAAACAAGAACUCAGCAUGAGAGAUGCUCUACUGCAGAUGCAAUGGGCGCCCGGCGCCAAUCUUGUCGAUCAAGGCUACUGGUACGACAUUGUGCACGCCCUUUUGAAGGCUGAGUUUGGCGACCAGGAGAACUCGGCAAUCCACGGCGAGAAAUUCUAUGAUCUUGGCAAGAACAAGAACACUAACAAGAGGUUGCAAGGCCUACUGCACUGUGUUGGCAAGCACCGGAACGUGUUCCUGAAUGCUGCACAUGAGCCCAUGCUGGAAGAAGGGGUGUGUCCGAAACUCUUUUUCAUGCCAGGCUCUGUGGCCGACUUCAUGGUAGAGCACUUUGGUACCGGCAGCGACAAACAAAUAGCACGUCAACUUGCAUUGCUGCAGGAAGCACUUCGCGGCAAACUGGUACGCUUCAAGGCGGAUGGCAGCAAGAUCACCAAGGCCAUCGAGUCCGUCUCCUCAAGCACUGGUGCAAAUGUCGAAAACCAUGAGAUGCAUCCCAGCUGGCGUGGCAAGAUCGGCCUUACGCUACAGCACCGCAACCUCCCAUGCAUCAAUGUUGGCACGAAGUACCGGCCUGCUCUUCUGCCGCCUGAGAUGGUCAUGCUUGUCCCAGGUCAGUCAUUCAAGCGACCAAUUACUCCAAGUCUGCGCCGAGAAAUCGUCGACUUGCGCCAACGGAAUGCGGACAACAAGGUAGGGGAGAUGCGCCUCAGUGAAGUCGGAAUGGUCUCGAGAAUGGAACAGCCUACGCCCAAGAAGCGCAACGUGCAGCUCGCUGAGCUCAUUCAAGAAAGCGUUGGCAACCAAACUCAGCUCAUGUACAUCACGGCUGGAAUUGAGAGCGUUGAAAUGCCACUGUGGACAAAGUUCCAAAGUUAUCUUCGCAAGGCUUUGAAUCCAGACGACAAGGAUGAGGCCAAAUCCGCCCGAACCGUCUUCCUACAACACAAGCCAGGACAAGAUGUGGUCAGCUUUUGGAAGAGACAGCUCACGAACGCAAAGAACAAUGCAAAGUCUCAGGGCGGAAAACAUCCGAUCGCUGUUGUGAUCUUGAGAGACGACAUGUACCACGCCUAUCUGUACAAAGUCAUCAAGACUCUGUGCGACACUGAUGUGGGCCUUCAGUGCUUCUUCAUAAAGGUGAGCACGCUGGAGCAGAAGAAAGUCAAGGUCAACGACGACAACAGAGCUGCAGAAAUGACUGCGAAGGUGAUAGCAAAGAAAGUUGCUGUCCGCAAUCCGAAAGAGCCGAAGGCGCUGGAAGGAGACGAGGCUCUCAACUUGUCAGUCGCAAUUCACAUCGAGCGAGUGACCGUCAAUGCGCCAAAGCCAAAGCCAGAUGGCACUCUUGCCAGAGGCUCGCAAGCCGCCAAGACCGUCUACGUCGUGGUCCUCUCGUCCAGGGACACUGAGAAGUCGGACAGAUAUUGCACCAAGACUGAGCUGGUUGGGCCUGAGAAUAUUCAAGACUUUCCGCUGGAAGACCGUGUCAAGGACUUCGUGCAGGAGAUUGUGACGAAGUCGAAGCUCAACCCAGCUUUGCAACACCGCGUCGUGAUCUUACGGUCUGGAUAUAUGCCUCGAUCUGAAGCCCGAGACGUUCCAGCAGGCAGGCGCCUUCCCGUUCAACAGAUCUACACUUUCCCUUCGACGACUGAUGUGAACAACAAGGACAUCUACACGGUUGAUGAUGACGACACUGAAGCCAACCGUACCCUUGUGAAGGUGUUCAACAUGAACCAAGCGAUCAACAGCGAAGUCUCGACGUUCAGGGAUAUUAUCACAGCUGUCGUGGGAUCUCACACCUUGGUCUCCUACGUGCUCGUCUCCCAGGAUAAGAGCUUUGAAUUCACCGAAUCCACCAAGAAAACCAUCGAACACGCAGUGGCGCAGAUGGCUGAAGCUGAGGGCACAAAGGCGCUCAAAGAAUCUUUCUUCAUCACCGACACGCGGGUGAAUCCAAGCCGGAACAGCAUCGGCACUCACCGAAGCGUUCAUGUUAAGAACAACGCUUCUGUGGUCACGCUUACGUUGCUUGGCGAACCCCUGGCCGAUGACGAGUCCGAUCCUGUUUCUGGGAAGCAAGACAUUCAGAAGUUCGACUUCCCGGAGGCUUCUGCGAAGACCCCGCGGACUGAGAAAGCGGCAAACGUUCCAAAGAAAGCCACCAGACAGAGCACAGGCAGCAACCCUGAAAACAGAAAGGGGACACCUCAGCGUGCUCCGGUCAGUCAAUCGCCUUUUGGCAAUUCGUCGUUCAGCGGUAGCUUGAGAGCUUCAAGCCAGUCUCUACUAAGCCCACUGGGUCCUCCAUCGCGUUCUUUCCGAGAGGCAGAAAACCUCAAAUCGUCGACGAACCAGGAGAAUUUCAGCUUUGAUGGGUACAAUGACGGACAGAAGUCUCCAUCGCCAAAGCCUUUCCUCGCAACCCCGUCGCCAAAGCAGAACGACACAAUCACGAUACAGAAGAACGCGCUGCCCUCCAACAUCAAGAACGCCGAGCUCACUCGCCUUGCGAAGUUAUGGUACGACGACCGACUGGAGCUGUACAACACCAAAUUGCCCAUUCCGACGCAUCUGGCUUACCUUGCGGCAAAGCGUGCUCAACUUCACAUGCGCUACGACAACUUCGACGACGAUGCGGAUGACGCUGCACCUUGCGCCUUGGACCCUAUCCAUGACGAUGUCAAGGACACUCUCUACUUCUUGUAG